UGGUGCCGUUCUUCAAGCUUUCUCUCUCUCUCUCUCGGCACUUGCGUUCCUUUGUUGAUCGAUUUGGGAACCAGGGACGCUUGAAAGAAUGGAUGGUCGUGAAACUGCUGCGCGUCUCUAUGGAGAAUACACUUACGAGAACUUGGAGCGAGAAUCAUACUGGCCAUCUGAGAAGCUUCGGAUAUCCAUAACAGGAGCCGGAGGAUUCAUCGCCUCCCACAUUGCCAGACGUUUGAAGAGCGAGGGUCACUAUAUUAUUGCAUCUGAUUGGAAGAAGAAUGAGCACAUGCCGGAAGAUAUGUUCUGCCACGAAUUCCACCUUGUGGAUCUCAGGGUUAUGGACAAUUGCCUCAAAGUUACUCAAGGAGUGGACCACGUGUUUAAUCUUGCUGCCGAUAUGGGAGGUAUGGGUUUCAUCCAGUCCAAUCAUUCCGUGAUCAUGUACAACAAUACGAUGAUCAGUUUCAACAUGCUUGAAGCUUCAAGGAUCAGCGGAGUCAAAAGGUUCUUCUACGCAUCUAGUGCGUGCAUCUAUCCCGAGUUCAAGCAAUUGGAAACCAAUGUGAGCUUAAAGGAGUCCGACGCUUGGCCAGCAGAGCCUCAAGAUGCUUAUGGAUUGGAGAAGCUCGCAACUGAAGAAUUGUGCAAGCACUACACCAAAGACUUUGGCAUUGAAUGCCGCAUCGGCCGCUUCCAUAAUAUAUAUGGUCCCUUCGGAACAUGGAAAGGCGGGAGGGAAAAGGCCCCGGCUGCAUUUUGUAGAAAGGCUAUCACUUCUACUGAUAAGUUUGAAAUGUGGGGAGAUGGACUGCAAACUCGGUCUUUCACUUUCAUCGAUGAAUGUGUUGAAGGUGUACUGAGAUUGACAAAAUCAGACUUUCGCGAACCAGUGAACAUUGGAAGUGAUGAGAUGGUGAGCAUGAAUGAGAUGGCGGAAAUGGUACUCGGCUUUGAGGAUAAGAAACUCCCCAUUCAUCACAUUCCCGGCCCAGAAGGAGUUCGCGGUCGCAACUCUGAUAACACACUGAUCAAAGAGAAGCUUGGCUGGGCACCAACAAUGAGACUUAAGGAUGGACUGAGGAUCACAUAUUUCUGGAUCAAGGAACAAAUUGAGAAGGAGAAAUCUCAGGGUGUUGAUCUGUCUGUCUAUGGUUCAUCCAAGGUUGUCGGAACUCAAGCUCCGGUGCAGCUCGGCUCACUCCGUGCCGCAGAUGGUAAAGAGUAGUAUCUUUCUUUGUUUUUUUUUUUUUUAAACUCUGCUACAUUUGCUUUGUAUAAUAAGGACCAGAACUUAAUAAGAAGUAUGUUAUCUCUC